AUGAUAAAAAAAGCUGUAUCUUUAAAAAUACGAGUGGUUAAUAUUCUAUGGAUUAAUGAUAUACUUCUUGGAGAAAAAAUUGGUUCACAACAUUUUAAGCGCAAAAAAUACCAACAAUUUGAUUUGCCCAAUCCAUAUCGAAUUAACUACACUAAACUAUCACAACUAAUGGAGGCUUGGAAAAAGCGUCCCAACAUUCCUAAAUUAAAACGACCAUCUAAAAGCAUUCCCCCAAUAAGUUACUAA